GUGUGAGCGAGGGUGUGUUAGCUGUUCUGUUGACGGUACAGUGUGUUAGCUGUUCUGUUGACGGUACAGUGUGUUAGCUGUUCUGUUGACGGUAUAGUGUGUUAGCUGUUCUGUUGACGGUAUAGUGUGUUAGCUGUUCUGUUGACGGUAUAGUGUGUUAGCUGUUCUGUUGACGGUAUAGUGUGUUAGCUGUUCUGUUGACGGUAUAGUGUGUUAGCUGUUCUGUUGACGGUAUAGUGUGUUAGCUGUUCUGUUGACGGUACAGUGUGUUAGCUGUUCUGUUGACGGUUCAGUGCUGGAGCGCUGGUGUAGUGUGUUCGUCGCUGGUCUUCUUCUAUCAAAAUUUCUGUGGAUUGUAAUUGGAGGAAUACUGUUUGGGCUGGACCUAUUGGACUGUGUGUGUGUGUGUGUGUUCGGACCUGGCAUACACACGUGUGUGUGUGUGUAUGAACGAUCUAUAUUGUGACUGAACAACACGUGUGUAUGAACGAUCUAUAGUGUGACUGAACAACACACGUGCAGACGGUAAUUGUUAGGAGGGUGUGGAUUACCCGUGUCUGGGCAGUGUGUGUGGAUGUGUGUGGAUGUCUGUGGCAGUGGAAUCAGGAAUGGACAGCACACUUCAGAGGAGAGGAGAGAGCCCCCCUGCAAUGGACUUCACGAACGGCGAGGCCCGACUGGGCCCUCCCAUCAUCAUGUGUACCCGUCCAUACCCAGACUGCAGUGUGGAGCAGGGGGAGUGUUGUGACAUGGACAGCACCAAUGAGAGCGGCGUGGGCUCUGACACCUCUGACGGGGGGCGGAGCAACGAGAAGGAGGAGGGGCUAGGUGGACUGUUCAACAAUUCUGGCCAGCUGAUUGGCUCGGCUUCUGCGUCCGUCUUCUCGGGGGAGGAACAGUUUGAGGACUACGGAGAGGGGGAGGACGUGGACUACACUCCCAGCAGCCCUUGCCCCGACGAUGACGCUCGCACCAACGGCUUCUCAGACCUCGGCUCCUCCCUGCCCUCCAGUGCUGGUCAGACCCCUCUGAAGAUGUGUCACCUGUACAACAGUGAUGUGUUGGAUGUCUAUUGUUCUCAGUGCUAUAAGAAGGUUAACCUGCUCAACGACCUGGAGGCCAGGCUCAACAACCUCAGAGCCAACAGCCCCAACAGAAAGAUAUCCAGCACUGCCUUUGGACGUCAGUUGUUCCAACACAACCACAGUGCUUUUAGCAGCAGUCAGGGAAGCACAGAGGACCUGUUCAGAGACUCCAUUGACUCUUGUGAUGUGGACAUUACUGAGAAGGUGAGUUACCUGGAGAAGAAGGUGACAGAGCUGGAGAAUGACAGUCUGGCUAAUGGAGACCUCAAGUGUAAACUCAAACAGGGCAACACACAGCUAGUACACAGGGUUCAUGAGCUGGAGGAGCAGCUGAAGGAUCAGGAGAGCAGAGCAGAUCAGACCCUGGAGGAAGAGACACAUAGACACAGAGAGACCUACUGCAAGAUGGAGAGAGACAAGAACACGGACAUAGAGCUGCUCAGUAACAGAGUUCAGCAGCUGGAGGAGGAGAAUGGGGAGAUGAAACUGAACGUGUGUAAACUGAAGUCUCAGACUGAGAAACUAGACCAGGAGAAGCAGCGUAUGACAGACCGGUUAGAGGACACCAGUCUGAGGCUGAAGGAUGAGAUGGACCUCUACAGGAAGAUGAUGGACAAGCUGUGGCAGAACAGACAUGAAUUCCAGAAGGAGAGAGAGGCCAUGCAAGAGUUGAUAGAGGACCUGCGUAGGGAGUUGGAGCACCUGCAGCUGUUUAAGCUGGGUUCAGAGGCGGGGCAGGGGGCGGGGCUAUCAGAAUACAACGCCAAGACACGGGAAAUAGAGAUGGAGCAUGAGGUCAAGAGACUCAAACAGGAGAACUUUAAGCUGCGGGACCAGAACGAUGACCUGAACAGUCAGAUCCUCAGUCUGAGUCUGUAUGAAGCUAAGAACCUGUUUGCCUGCCACACCAAGGCCCAGUCACUGGCUGCUGAGAUAGACAACGCUUCUAGGGACGAGUUGGUGGAUGCUCUGAAGGAACAGGAGUGUGUUAACCUACGUCUGAGACAGUAUAUGGAUAAAAUCAUCCUGGCCAUUCUGGACCACAACCCCUCUAUCCUGGAGAUCAAGAGUAACAGUUAAACACACACACUCACACACACACACACACACACACACACACACACACACACUCACACACUCACACACUCACACACUCACACACUCACACACACACUUCCACGCCUGGGGAUGGGACAGAUCUUAAAACAACAGACACUCAAAACAACUGACAGCUGUCUGUGGUUUACAGCUGAAACUCGCCGUCUACUCUAUCUGUCAAUCAACUGUUAGAUGUCCCGCCUCCUUUCUCUAUCCCACCAAUGAUGAACUGUUAUUAUGUUGCCAAGAAGAGAAACGGUGGUACUGAAUGACACUAUCUGGAGACUAGCAGUAUUAUGAUGGUGUUUACUUUAUGAUGCUGAUAAUUAUUCUAAGUUAGGUUGACACACACUCUCUCUCUGGGUUCACGAGCUCCAGGAUGACCGUCCACUAGCCUACAAUCAUUUAUUACUGAUUUAACAAUGGGAAUCAAGUAUCAUCAGAUAACAAUGGGAGUCAAAUCCUACCCACGGGUAGGUUAAGACGAGGGAUUUUAAGAUUCCGUCGGGUUAAGAUCUGAUAGCUUGGUAGAGAUGGGAGUCGUUGGUCAUAUUAUGGACCGUUCGGAUGUUUGAUGCCGGGAUCCAGUAUCGAUCAACCGUGAGGUGUGCAACGGGGACCAAGGGUGUGUCUCAAUAGUCACUUCCUCUUCUUUGUCUUUUCUUUCCUCUACACUGACAGGACAGGUGAAAGAUGCUCCACUCAGAUGCUUCCUUUUACCUGUCCUGUCUUCUCUGAUCAGUGCAAAUCAAGGAAAGGAAAGGAAGGAGAUGAGGCCACUUCAGACCACUGAGACUCACCCCUCCCUCCCUCCCCCUCCUGUCCUCCUCCCUCCCUCCCCCUCCUGUCCUCCUCCCUCCCUGUCCUCCUCCCUCCCUCCCUCCCUCCCCCUCUUGUCCUCCUCCCUCCCUCCCCCUCCUGUCCUCCUCCCUCCCUCCCCCUCCUGUCCUCCCUCCCUCUCUCUCCCUCCUGUCCUCCUCCCUCUCCCUCAUGUCAAUCAAGGAAAGGAAAGUAAGGAGAUGAGGCCAUUAUCAGACCACUGAGACUCACCCCAAGUUUAGUCCCCACGCUGAUUUCUCUGGUCUGGAGGACGUGAAGAUUAUACCUUCUGAUUCUAUGAUCCAGUUCCUCUCUGGGCGUGAAGGUUAUAACUUGUUAUGAAGUGUCAUGACCUGUCAUAAGCAUUUAAGACGGGCGUCGUACUGGUGUCAUAGCGUUGUUUAUAGGCUUUACGAUGCAUAGUGAACAAAGUGUUAAUAAUAAUGACUCCCUGUUCCCUAUAUAGUGCACUACUUUGGGCCAGGGCCCAAUGAUACCCUGUUCCCUAUAUAGUGCACUACUUUGGACCAAGGCCCAAUGAUACCCUGUUCCCUAUAUAGUGCACUACU